AUGAUUCGAAUUAGACUACCAGCCUCUCAGAUGGCCCUAAGAGGAGUUGAUUUUUCCUCCACUGUUGAUUGGCUCAAACAACAAAUACAAAAAGAGAGUAAAAUCGAGCCAUCAAAACAAAAAUUAAAGAUGGGAUUUCCUCCACAAGAAAUUGCUGGCCAACAAAAUCAAUCGGAAUUCAAUGCAAAAAAGUUGAGUGAUAUUGGAGUAAAAUCUGGUGAAUCACUUAUUGUUGAGGAGACUAGUGAAUAUGCCUCUAUUGUAAAUAAUUCUCAACCAAUAGUAGUGGAAGAUGAUGAUAUAACUCCAUCAAGCUACAAGAUUAUCAAGCCUGAAUCAUAUUCUGAUGUGCCUCCAAGACCACAUUCAGUUGGAACAGAUGAUUCGACACUUAUUGCUGAGAGUGUUGUUAUCAAAAGAGUAAUAGACAGUGACAAUUCUUGUCUUUUCAAUGCAUUUGCAUAUUGUUUGGAAGGAUGUGAAUCAAGGAAAAAGAAGAGAGCUCCUGCAUUGAGAAGAGUCAUUAGAGAUUGGAUUUUGAACGACCCUAUCCAAUUCAAUGAAGCAAUUUUGGGACAAAGUCCAAAGGCUUACUGUGAAUGGAUUAUGAAAGAUAAUAGCUGGGGUGGAAGUUUGGAAAUUAUGAUCUUGUCUCAAUUUUACAAUAUUCGUGUGGACAGUUUUGAUGUGACAUCGAAUAGAAGAGAUGUCUAUGGCGAAGGAGAUCCAUUAAUUAAGGGGAAAAUUCUUCUCCUCUAUGAUGGUAUUCACUAUGAUGCAUUGGCCAUUAAUCCAGUUCCACAAGGUCCAGAAGAAUUGGACAUUACAAUCCUGCCAGCAGAUGAUGACAUUUCCUCUACAAAAGCCCUUGAACUUGUAAAACAACUCCACAAUCAACAUCAAUUUACUGACACUGCCACUUUCACGCUGAAAUGUCUUCAAUGUGGUGAAUUUAUUAAGGGAGAAAAAGAGGCUACUCUUCACGCCAAAAAGACAGGUCACUCCAAGUUUGGUGAAAGAAAGUAAUUGGCCUGUUAUCCGUCCCAAUGCACAUUUACAACUUGCCAUCUUUCAUGUGAAUAGAUAAUCUCAAUUAAAUUGUAAAAUAAAAAAAAUGAAACAAGUUGUUUAUUG